UGAGGGAGCGAGGGUCGGCAGCUGCGACGCCGGCGGUUUCUGCAAACCCCCAUGCUCUUGUUGUGGGCCGUGGUUUCGGACACGGCGGCAACGGGGGGAGCGGGGGGGGCCGGAGGCCAGCGGCCGAAUGGCAACAACGGCGACGGCCGCGGGCAACACUGGUCCUCUGGGGGCGGUGCUGUCCAACCGCAACAGCCGCAGUUGCAGGUGCAGCAGUACCGGCAGCCGCAACAGCCGCAGCGGCAGAUGCAACAGCCGUACCAACAGCCGCGGCAGGAGGUGCAUAUGCAACAGUCGUACCAACAGCCGCAACAGCAGAUGCGACACCAACAGACGUACCAACCGCAGUCGCAGAUGCAGUCGCACCGGCAGCCGCAGCAGCAGCGGCAGCAGCAACAGCCCGCUAUGGACGGUGUUGGUGGCAUCUACGAUUGCGGUUGUAAUGCCGUGUAUCAUCAGCCGGAAUCACCACCUCCACCUGGCGCGCCGAUGGGCACAGUGCACAGAUGCGGCCGCUGUGGAAGGCACGGUCACCACGCCAUAGAUUGCGCCGCCCCCCGCAGAUUCGAGGGCACGUCCGGUGCGUGCGACCAGUACGGUCACAUGUGGCGCAACUGUGCCAAAAGCAACCGGCACCCCCACCUCAACGUCGUCACUUCUGCUGGUGCCCUCGGUCCGGAGUACGCGUACACCACCGCGGAUACAUCGGCCGUCCAAUUUCGUGAUGUCCCGGCGGCCGAUGGCGUAUACUACAGUGACACCAUGCUGGCCGGCGCUGGUGGCGGCGGCAACGGUGGUGGUGGUGCUGGCGGUGGCGGCAGCGGCGGUGGCGAUGGCGGUGGUGGCGGUGGGGUGAUCGUACAGCAGCAGGUCGUGACACCGGGCGAACCCUAUUUGAUUUUGCCGACAUUUUUCACGGCGGCGGCGGCGUGGAAGGUGAAAAUGGCGGCGGCAGCGGCGGUGGUGUGGCGGCGGGAGCGGGCCCUGAGGCGCUUCGCGACGGCGAGGGUACCUUCGGUGGCGGUCUCUUCGCGAUGCACUUUGUCUGUUCCGUUACCUCAUCCCCCCCCGUGCGCAAAACAUCCGACGUUUCCCACAUCGCCCGGGUUCGACGGUCUGCCUUGGAGACACCGGCGCCGUAGCCCACGUGGUCCCUUCUGGGGAAAACGUGUACAACAGGCGCCCGCCGCUCCCGGAGGAGCGACAUCUCAUGCUUGGCGACGGCAAGCACAUCCCGAGGUUUUCGGUGACUUGGAUGUGAUCUUCCACUGCCCUGAGGACGUGCGCGUCACCCCGCACAAUGUUGGUGUGGUACCGGGUUUGGCGCUAGAUAUUCUGUCGCUGAACAAGAUCCAGGGUCGCCAUGAGAUAAAGCUUAACCGCCAUGGAGCGUCGAUCUUGGGGGGGCGGGUGCGCAUGACAAAAUUCCCUUACGGGGAUUACAUCCAGGGGACUCGCGUUGAUCCACUGCCUCAAGGCGAUUCACCUCCUCAGCCCCCCGCGAUGGUUGCGGUGAUGCUACGGCCUGGCACGCAAUCCAGCAUCGACUACAACGCUCUUCACUGCUCCCUCGGUCAUGCCAAUUCCAAGACGCUGUACGAGACCGCCAGGCAGAUGGGUAUCAAGGUGACCGGCACUCCGGAGUACUGCGAUGGAUGUGCGGAGUCGAAGGCGAUUCAGCGCUCGGUCCCCAAGGUCAUCUCCCCCUCCCGCCGGACGACGCGGCCUCUUGAGCGUGUCGCGAUGGACCUAGCCGGUCCGUUCGGCCAAUCCAGCGGCGGUGCCAAGUACUACGUGAUGCAGAUCCUGGACCACCAUACCAACUACGGAUGGAUUUGCUUUCUGCGGGAGAAGAGCAGUACAAACGUGGUUGCGGCCUUUCGUGCGUGGUAUGCCUCCAUCAAAUCGCUCGUGGCUACUCACGGGGGGCUGGGCUGCGUUCUGAUCGACAACGGCACCGAGUGGGUCAACGCGGAGUUUCGGGGGCUGCUGGCGGAGCUGAACAUUACGCGGGAGCUCACGGCGGUCGACGGGCCCAAGAGCAACGGUCGUGUGGAGCGGAGGAUUGCACUAGUGAUGGAGGGGGGCAAGGCUGCGUUUCUGGAGUUCCCGAAGCUUUUCCCCGGAGUUAUGUUCCCGACCAAGGCGCUGUCCUUCCGGGCCAUCUGGCCCGAGGCCUUCGCGUGGAUGAACGACUCUCUGAACAUCGCAGCGGAGGUGAGCAAGGAAGACAAGCGGUGCCCGGAAGUUAAGCUGUACGGCAGGAGGAGGAUCCGAGUGCUUCUGCCGUUCAUGAUGCCCGGCUUCCGUCACCGUCACCGCCCGUCCACGAUGCACAGCAAGGGGGAGCGGUGCUUCUAUCUUAACUCAGGCCAGGAUCAUUCGUCGACGACGUACAAGAUCAGCACGCCGACUGGGGUGCCCACCUACUCCUAACACUGCACCUUCGGCUUCAGCAG